UCAGCGAGUGUGAGCCUCGUCUGGCGGCAAAUGUCCAUACGAACUCGUGGCAUGGUCGUCUGCUCAAAGUGAGCCGUGGAACAUCGGUUACAUUACGCUCAAACCGCCCGCUGUCCAGUUUUCUGCGAUAUAUUCGUUAUUAGCCUUAACCAAUCAAAGUGUUACGCUGUGGAUCAUAUUACGUUCAUUAAAGAUGGUACAAGCUGACGGAUUCCGUCUACUGACCCUGGCAUGUCUGGUUCAUGUGGCAGUGGGUUUGCCUGUAACAAACCAGGACAGCAGACAACUGACAGCUGACCCCCGGGCCAGCGAGUCCCUGAUGAAAAGUGAUCCAACCAAUCACAAGAGUGAACCGCUGAAAACACAUUCUUCCCCUGACCGUAGCUUCACCAAGCAAGUUUUGAGGGGGGUCUUCGAGGAACUGAGACGGCGACCGGAACUACGUGAGGGCAUAUUACAAGAGGGCAUUUUACAAGAAAAACAAGAUGGCAUCCAGCAAGGACUGGCCAGAGCAGACAAUGUGGCGGAGAAUGUGGAGAGCGACCUGCAGGAUGUCCAACAAAACUCUGGGGUGAAGCUGGAAGACCAAGGUCAGGCCAACAUCCCUAACAACAUCCUUGGCGUGAAGCGGAAGCUGAAAGAAAACGGCGAACCGAACCAAGGCCUUGCACAGCAACAGACAGCACACAACAGCGAUGCCGAGACGACCAAACAAGAUGAUACCAGUCCUAAAGCCAAAGAGCAAACUAAAGGGAAAGAACUCCGCGAGAGACCAAAAGGGAAACAACUUUUGGAGACCGGCGACAGUCCAGCAGACUACUACUACGUGUAUUACAUGGACAAGCUGGACCCAGACUCGGUCAACAAGCCGGACUAUUAUUACUUCUAUUACGUCAAUGGCGAGGAACCGGAAACGGAGAAAAAUGUCAAGGCCAAAGGCACACGAGGACGAGCGACAACCGUGACCCCUGACAUGGGCAAGAUGCAGGCGAGUAAAGUUUUAGCUGCGCCGACACCUGCUCCGCCAGCUGGUGAAGCAUCAGACAGCGCGUCAUCCGCUGCCAAGGAGUUAAAUGUAGAGUCUGACCUUGAAAAACUUCAAGGAUGAAAAGGGGGCCACGUGUGUUGACGUCAUUGGAAGUUCAACAUUGCACGUGAUUUACGGCAUAAUUAAACGUUAAUGUUUUUUAUUUUGGAGUAAUUUACCUGUCAUGUGAUGUUGCUGGUUCUAAUUUAGUCGGGUCAUUUGUUCUUUUUGUAAAAUG